AUGUGCUGGUGCGGUACCUGUUCUCCUCGAGAAUGGGAACGUCCCAAGCACUGGCUACCACCCUGGUGCGGUCUCUGCCAGAACGAUGUUUUUGGCUGUGAUGGCCUGGUCAUCUUGGUGAUCCGUCAGAACCCGGAGGGCAGCAUCGAAGUACUCAAGGCAUUACCAGGGUACAAGAACGAGGCCCCUGGCAUCACUCUCACUUCAGACCUCCAAAACUCAGGAAGCGAACACAACAUGAUCAAGCUGCAGGAUUCCAGCUACACCAGAGAGAGGGUGGUCUGUCACGGUGAAUGCCUUGAGGCCAUCGCGCCGUCUCGGAUCCCCGAAGUCCUGCAACGGGUGGCUUGCACCUUUGUCCCCUCCAAGGUGGUUCGCGAACGACGGGAGAACUGGCUCAUCUCGAAAACUGCUCAAGUUGUGUCAACCAGCGUGAAGUGGCUGCCUCCCGAAGUGUCCAUCGAUAUCGCCCAGCAGUGCGCUUCAGCCUUGGCCCUGUCGCACGCCGAGUCCCUCGCAGAAUCGGUCGCCAGCAUGGCAGCCCACCGAAAGCCCAUGUUCAUGGUCAUGGUUAAGUACCCCGUGUGGGCUCGGUAUGUCAUGUUUGAUGGCGUUGCCUACGUUGCGGAACUGUCGAACCUGCGGUUUCCAAAGGGGGUGAUGGCCGUUCCCGUGCCCCGGACAAGCAAGAUCGAUACUCUUUAUGUCGCCCAAGAUCACUUGGGCAUCAGGAGAGUCAUGCUUGGGAACUCUGAAGAAGCUCCCCGGGUCUCUCCGGAACCUGGUCUCUGGUGGUGGGCAAGUUCAUUUCAACAACCAGGACAACUUCACAGUCACUCCGACGGUAUCAAAUUGCGGAAACUGUCAGCUGUGUCUCACGGAAUCACCAAGGAAGUAAAGCCCAAGCAUAUGUGGUCUAUUCCUCAACCUUUGAAGAAACGGCUUCGCAUCCACAAGGGAGGAUAUAGUUAUCGCAUCCCUCGAUUCACCUUUUUUGAAUGCAAUCAUCCGGACAUCGUUGGCUAUUCAGCUUGCUGGUACAAAACCGUCAGAGUGAUUCGCCCUCACUUUACCGGCGAAGACAUGAGCUUCUACAAAGAGACAGCAGAAGAACACCCAACGGUAACCUGGCUGUACAUGCCGAUGGACAAGGGUGAGCUAGUGACGGAGCUCUGGGAGUCACGGGUCGAGAUUCACGACGUCGGUAGACCGGAAUCUCGGAGGAUCCAGUCACUAGUGAUGAAGACAAGCCAGGGUCGCAUGUGGAACAUUGGCCUACACUCGAGGUGCUACCCUGGCGUCUGGACUCUGCUGGAUACGCCAUCUGUGAGUCCUUCACGCAUCUAUAUCGAAGAUGCGCUGAACGAGCCACCCCAACUGGCUUUCGAGUCCCCCGACCCGAACGAAGGGCAUGAAGCAAACCCGCCACGGGUACCCUACAGAAGCUCCAGCCAGCACUACCAACUGCAGAAUGGGGGCUUCGAUGACGAAUACUGGUCCCCCUGGGACAACGACCUCGAUGACGAGUAUCUCUACUCGUCGGCUCCGCUGUGUGGUGCGACCAAGCUGUCCUUCUGCCGGGGCGAGGCGGAUGGCAUACCAGACUGCGUCCUGGGGAUCCUCUUCCACCACGGGGACGGGUGCAAGAGGGCUGUGGGCAGUGUCCGUCCGGAUCUCCUCGAUGCGGUCGUCGAGGUUGGAGACUCUAAGGAGAUGUCUUUUCGUCUGAACAAGUGGAACAAUGUGGUGGAGGCGACCUUGUCAACAGUUGACCAAGUUGACGGGUGGAUCAAGGUUCCGUGGUCUGGUACACUGGUGUGGUGGUUUUCGAGUUACCGCUGUGAGAUCUCCCACGAAGGAGGGGCUGAUGAUUGA